ACUUGCCUGAAGAUAGCCUCUAAGGAAAACGUGCGGCGGCUGACGGACAUCGAGAGGCCCAAGGUGGAGCCGAAGCCGCACACCAUUACCCACCACUUCUCUGUAAAUACCCCUCAUGGCCUUACGACGAUGACGCAGGACCCGGCGACGAGCGACGACAGUGGCAGAGCGUCGGAACGGCUGACGGGCUCCUCAGUGGCGCCGAGGGAUGCCGACAGCUCUCGGGAUCGGCUCAGCGAUGCGAGCAGCCGUUGCAGCUCUGGAAAAGGAUAUAUCUGUGAUAGCGAAGGCGACGACGAUAAGGACUGA